AUGUGGAGUGCCCUGUGCGUGGGGUUAUUGCCCAUUGUCGGUGGCCUUGCUCAGGUGAAGACAGAAGCCUCAGGCCCCACAGUAGGGAAGAUCUCGGAGUCUGUCUCGCUCGUCUGUCACAUCUCUGGUGUAGCCAUCACUGAUAGCAGCUACGCAUGGGACUGGAUCUGGCAGACUCCUGGCAAAGAGUUGCAGCACAUAGCGAUGCAGUAUCCCUUCACAGGACUCCAGCACAUCGCUUUGUCCUUCCAGACCCGAGUCACCAGCUCUGCAGACCCCUCCAGGAACCAGCUACUGAGACCGUUUCCUUGUAAGACAGUUACUGCAAGUUUAACCAAUCUAAUUUCAUUACUUGUAUGUCCAAACAAUUAUUUUUUUUCAGAUAUUCCAAACAGUUCCAUCCCUSAAGUCAUUGUGAUGAAAUCAAAGAACCUGGGAAAAGGUAGCAGCACUGGGAAAGCAGCUUGUUUGGCAAGGAAUUUCACAACAAAGAACAUCCUCUUGGAGAUGCCCUCUAAGGAGGUUGUGUAUGACCAGAGCUCAUCCAUUUUGACAUCAGAGGGGUUGUACAAUGCAAUUAAAGUGGUCAGUGUGACAAAAGACACAAAYGUGACCUGCACGGCCAGAUUCGACAACAGCAUCAUAACAACWCAGCCAGAAGAAGAAGAAAAGAAGAUUGAAGAAGCAGUAACAGAGGACAGUAACUGGGUUUGCAACAGCACAGACCCCUCAGCAAAAGCAGAUACUGAAGGGGAGAAAGUGAACAUGCUGUCCAUGGCUGUGCUGGGCUUGAGAGUUCUGCUGGCAAAGAGCAUCGCCUUCAAUACACUCAUGAGUAUCAAAUUGUUCCUUUUCUGAGAUAUGGGGAAUGAAGCAGGAAAGAGUGUGAACCAGCAGCACGCGAGGUUGAACCAGCAGUUUCAGAGCUGCUUACAGUGACCACCCAGGACACAAAGCAGCACAGUCCCCUGGAGACAUUGAAUGCUGUUCACUCCUGCCUGGCCAGCUGUUUUACACUGAAGUGUUUUAAAUGCUUUUGCUGUUUCCCGUCCUCUGAGAAUUGACGAGAGUGGGUUUAUCCUCAUCCUCCUCCUGAGUAAUCUCUCCACUCUUCACAAUUUGCAUAGAAAUGUCCAGCCUGCUUCAACAGCUUUGAAAACCCCAAUGCUCGMUACAGACUUAUGGUGUUUCAAAAGCCCCUUUCCCAGGCACCUCAUGUCACUGCCUGGAGAGCUGGAGUGUUACUGCUGAGGGAAUUCAAGCCCAUUAAUUGCCAUUCGUAGCUUUGGGGUUUUUAUCAUUUUAAUACCAAUAAUUGUGUGUAUUGUAGAUGAGAAGAACUGUGUAGGAUCAGAAAUGAUUCAACUCAACCAGGUAAUAUUCAACCAGAGAAGCAUUUCUUA